AACCUACUUACACUGGAAGAACGAACUUCGUUACCCACAUUUACAGUUACGAAACGUAUCCACAGCAUCUACCUUUUGUUUAAAAACGAAACAGAAAUCCAUAGAAAGGGAAUUUAGCAUGAACAGUCCUGCCAUACCUUCCCAGAAUGAUCAAGAAACGCGUGCAUUUGCCAUCCGGUUCACAAACUAUUUGAAAUCUCGUCCAGAGUUGAAAACGAAGCCUGCAAUACUUAAUGGAAAACGUGUCUACUACUUCAGAUUAAAAAGAGCUUAUCGGUUUUUGUUCUCAGAUUCGUACCCACCAAAAAAGGUGAAGGGAUUUCCGUCUAUUUCAACACGCGAAGAUGCAGUCGACUUGUUUAAGCUCUUAAUCAUGAAUUCUAUGAUGGUUCGCGUUGAUAAGCUUCCACCAAGACAAAAAAAGCAGCAAGUUGUCGAGUUGCAGGUGAAUCGGACACAAGAUUUCCAGGAUGACAUGCACUACGUCUGGCUGUAUGAGCCUUUGCAAAAGCGUGUUAUUGCUUUGGCAGUUUUGUUUGCUUUAUUAGUGCUAGCACUUGUUCUAUUCCCUUUAUGGCCCAUGUCUAUGCGUAAAGGAGCUUGGUAUCUCAGUAUGGCCGGUUUAGGUAUAAUUGUUUUGUUCUUUGCCUUAGUUAUCUUCCGCUUUAUACUCUACUGUCUCACUGCUCUUGUUGCAAGUCCCGGACUUUGGUUGUUCCCUAAUCUUCUCGCUGACGUCGGCUUCUGUGAUAGUUUCAAACCCGUUUGGGCUUGGCAUAGUACUAAAUCAGAAGUGAAGUCUAAGAAAGGGAAAAAGAAUUUAAAAAAGUCUUCUCCUUCCGCUAGCUCUGCAGAAAAACAAUCCUCUGCUGCUACAUCCACAUCUGCCGAACCUCAUUAUACAAGUACAUCCACAAAAGCUGGUCCUAGAAAUCCUACUAUAGAAGAAGUGCACGAGUAAAAUAUAUAUUUGCAAAAGUUCUCAAAAGUUACGUUCCCAAUAUAGCUUACUGGCUUUGGAUUCAAUACGAUUCCUAGUUAGCGCAUAGACCAAUCACUCUCGAACCUUCUCUAUAAUUGUGUUACAUUUUACGAGCUUUGGUCAUUUUCUUUGUUUUCAUCUCAAUCCUAAUAAUCUUUUAAUAUGAGCAAGUACUGUCAUUUAUAGUUGCUAGCUAGUCUUUAAUGAUUUUGGUAGUAAUUCCUGUCUUAAAAUAAGAAUUCUUACUCUAUUUUUUUAUCAGGUAAAGCUAAAGUCAUCCUGAGAACUGACUUUCUUCCUUUUCCAUAUUAUAAAC